CUUCUUGAGAAUGACAGCUCUACAGGUGGCAGCACAUAUCCCAGCCGAAGAAAGCAUAGUGGUUUCAAAAGUUUAUGUUGUCUAACCUGUAUAACGAUCGUACUUUAUCAAAACAAGCAUGGAGCACAGAACGUGUAGAAUAUCAUAAACGACUUACAACUAUUAUAGUGCCAGUCGGUGCCCAUUGUAAUUGAGGUGCGAGAAAAAUUGGAGGUUAGAGUGUGUUGCCUUUGGAACGGCUUUCUGAACAAAAGUUACUUUGACAAACAACCAGGUUAGGUAAUAUACUGAUACCGAAUAAUUGUGGAUGUGGACAAUGAACGAAGGCCAGAGUGUAAUAUCCGAAAUAGUUUUGAAAGAUGGAAAUGUACCACCAAUAAUUGGGCAUUUCGAAAAUGGGGAUUUGAAGCCUAGUGCAGGGAGCGUGCAAAGAUGUGGGAUUUUUCGCAAAAAUACUGAGUCCGAUAAAUAUAUUGUUGCUGUGCAUACAAGUGAUAAUGGAGUGUACAUGGGUACUCAACCAGAAGAGGAGCCAUACCGAACAUUACUUGCUGUCCAAGAUAAAGGAAGCAAUGAAAUUCGAUUAAUUGAAGUAGAUAAAGUCUCUUUUAAACCAAUGUCUAUUAUUUCUUCCACAAAUAAUCAAGAAGAAGCAUCUGUUUCUGCAUUAUACAAAUCAUUUGGAUCAAGAGUAAUAAAACGAAAAACAGAACAAAAAGAGCGAAUGACAAUUAACAUAGAAACUUUCUCAGAGCGCUUGCAUGGAACAGCUUCUAAUAUUGAUGUGGAUAAUGCUCUAAAUUUAAUAGACGAUUCAGAAUAUAUUGGUACAUUCCUUCCAUGCAAUAGAAAUGCCACUGUUGUCACAAAUGUGUACAAUUUAGAGGAUAUUAUAUCUCCUCAUGAGCUAGAAGAUUUACAAGAACAAGCUCUGGUUGUGUUAUCUAAUUCAAAUGAAGAUAAUAAAAAUGAGCUGUCAAGUCCACCUCUCCGAAGCAAAGCAUUAUGUCACUUAAUUGUUGCAGGCUUAUUAGCUUGUAAAUUUACACUUAAUAUAGAGGCUUUACCGAGUUUGACCCAAAUGUCUGGAGAAAACUUGAUGAAACUUUGUCGGAUCUUAGGAGCUGUGCCAAUGGGUAAAGAAAAGAAAGACAUUGUUUUAAAAGUUCCUCUUCCAUUCACAAGAAAGCCUAAUAUUUUAAAGAGGAAGAAGAAAUCUUGAUUAUUAUGUACCCUUUCCAUCUGUAAAAUAUGUAUCUCUUGCUAAAUAAAAUGUUUAUUACAUAAAUUUCCUUGUGUAGAAUUUAU